AGUGAUGAUGCUGUUGGUUAUUCGCACCGGACCUGAGUACGUCGUAAAACUUCUCGAUUGGCCGUCUAAACCUGACCGCGCCUGUCCAAACGAUUUCACGCAACCAACGCCCUUUAUAAACCACCUAGCUCAGCAAGUCGCCGAGUCAACCACCAUCUACGACCACCACUACGACCCUUUUUACCAGCAACCUUCAACUUCGGAGACGGAGUCGACCUACAUGUCAGCUGCGACGUUCAACGUUGGCAGACCUUCAAACGACGAUACCAUCACCCACUUCUCCGGGGCCAACCCCCUUCUCGACGCUAUGGCGGUAACUACCACAGGCUGGCCCUACGGGGCCCAGCCGGUAAGUGCUGCACCCGAUGCCAUGGACGACAACAUGUUUCAGCACUCUCCCAUCUCCGACUUUCUUGAGAUGUCGGACGAGUCCGACGACUGGGCCAUUCUCAUGCAGCAGGACAUGCUCGUCACCGGCGCCUUCGAGAUGGCCGGCUUCGAUUUCCCUACCACGAUGAUGGAGGAGACCAACUACCAGACACCCGACUCCCCCGAGGACAUUUUCAACGACCCCACCGUGCAGUACGACAUCGAACAGAGCCUCCAGACCACUGGCCUAUUCGACUUCAACGGUCUGCUGCCCGACCUCUCCGCCUCCGGUUACCUCUCCGGUACCGACCAGGUCUCCUCCUACUUCGGGAGCACAAACGCCUCCCCCUACGAGCCAGCCCUUGACUUCUUCCCCGAAGCCGCGCCCUCCCCCUCCUCCAUCUUCCCGGCCAGUGCCGACGGGUCGCCCCUCGGCACCACCACGACAACCUCUCCCGGCUCGGACUCUGCUGCCGCCCAUCCCUACCGCUGCACCACCGACGGCUGCCCCAAGGCCUUCCGCAAGGAGGCCCAGCUGAAGCAGCAUCAGCGCGUCCACCGCAAGGCCCUCGUCUGCGACAUCUGCCGCGCCGAGCGCCGCACCGAGCACAAGUUCGCCCAGGUGCGCGACCUCGAGCGCCACCUGCAGGCCCGCCACCGCGACGUCGCCGAGCGGGCCAACGUGCGCUCCGAGGUCCGCCAGUGCCCGCACCCGGGCUGCGAGCACGAGGGCCGGAGGGACAACGUGUCGAGGCACCACCGGAGCAAGCACGGCAAGGAGCUCAAGUGGAAGAGGGGCGUCCCCCAUGUUGUGGGCUGAACACGCGUCCUAACGAAACAGAAAAGGGAGCGUUUGCGGCGUUGGUAAUUCUUUUUGCCUUUUGUUUCUUUCGGAUUCGUUCGGAUUUUGGGAUAUCCCGGUAGUACAGCAUAGUGCAUUUCGGUCUUCGGACAAUAAAGACCUCAAAUAA